AUGAUGCAGCAGCCAUGGCAGCCUCGGCACACCAGCCAGCGCAGCAGCCCAAGGGCAGACCCAAGAACAGACCGAAGAGCAAAGCGAAGGGCAGAGCGAAGGGAAAGGCGAAAACCAAGGCCGCCAACAGCAAAGCCAAGACCAAGGGCGGCGGCGGGCGGGCAGCAGCGGCGCAAGAAGCGUGAUGAUGAUGAGGGUGAGGGAGAGGCCAAGGGCGAGGAGCAGCACGGUGACGCCAAUGGGCUCCAGCAAUACGCCGACCAGGCCAAGGAGGCCGAGGUGUCCGCGAUCGCAGACGAGGCCGAGCAGGCAGCAGCAAAGCAGAAGGCGCGUGCCGAUGCAGUCGAGAAGAAGGAAGCAAAGAAGAAGCUGCGGGCCGAACACAAGCAAAAGGUACCUACAGGCAGGCAGAAAUGGGAUAGAACAUGCAUCUCUCACUGCCGCUUUCUCUCUGUGAGUGGUGUGUGUGUGUGUGUGUGUGGUGUGUGUGAAGAUGAGGAGGCCGACACCAAUGCCGCUGUUGAUAAAGGUAGGUGAGCAGCACGAGCAGCAGAUACCACCACACGCCACGUUGCUCGUGCUGCUCCUUCCACUUGUUGUUGGUGAUGCGCAGGCCGCCAUGAGGGCAAUGGCGGCCGUCGAGCGCUACGUGAGUGCCCACUGCUCGUUACGGCUUCAGAAAGCACUCGCACGACUGAAGAAAGGCGUCAGAACGGGGGCACAACAAAAGGGACACCUCAAGCGUGCUCCGUGACUGAGUUUGAGUGAGUGAGUCAGUCGUGCUGCCAUACCUCAUCUAGGCAGAUCUGUCGUUCAUGGCUCUGCACCGUUGGUGCGUGACUGUCCAUCCAUACAUCUACUUUUUUGGUGAGUUCGGCGCUAGUUUGCCUCACAGGAAGGCCACCAUCUGCCGCUGGCAUCCUCAAAAGUGACUGAAAGGCUCCAGAAAUCACCCUCACGAAGGAUGGCAACCUUUUCCGUAAAUCCAUAUCAUCCAUCGUUUUUCGUCGUUUUAGAGUCGCUCGAGCGGGGAAAAAAGAGUCAAUGUGAUGGAGGGUGGCUCUGGUGAGUCAUUCACGGCGAGAAACCCCGCAGAAAACAAGCAGCAGAUAAAGCAAUCAUUGCCUUGUUCGCAUAAACCCAUCAAAUCCAUAAAGCAAUCACCCCAGUACUGAUUGCCUUAUGCGAUACUUACUGUAUCACACUGAGGUCAGCACCCGUAUCAACAAGCACCUCAGAUAAUACCCCAUUCACCCUCAUCAGCACAUAUGUCUGCCAGCGUACAGUUCGCAAAAGCUCACUGUGGUUCUCCUCCUGCUUCUGUGCAUCUGU